CAAUUAAGAAAAAAGAAAUACAAACAUAUAUUCAAAGAAGAGCAGAACAAAUUGUAAAAGACCAAAAGAAAAUGCUAACCAGCCUUCUGGAAUGGCUAUUUCACAAAGUAGUCUUGGAUAGAGUAUUAUUACAAAAUCAAGACCAAGAAACAUUAUUAAAUAAUCUUGUAGAAGUCUUGAAAGAAGUACAAGCCCAUUUUCAAGAACAAUUCAUAAGCAAAAAAAAUAGCCAUAUAGAGACCAAGAAACUUUGGUCUGAUGAGUACCAACCCAAAGAAAGAAUUCAAGAUUCCUGGUUCGAUCCAAUAAU